CAUUGUAAUAAAAUUUUGUUCUUUUUUGAAUGGCAAUGAUAUUUAGUCGACAAAAUUAUAGAGGUCACCUUGAAGUUUUAUUUGAAUUUGAGUAACAUACAGGAUACUUUAAAUCUAUCCUUGUAUAUUUGUUAGUGAAUAUAUUAAAAAAUUAAAUAUGGGAGGAAAAUGGUCAGCUAUGCAUCCUUCUGAAGUUCAAGUUCCAGAAAUAAAUACUUUAUUGGAAAGAGAUCCAUAUUUAAAACCUUAUGAAAAUGAGAUUCGCAAGAGAUAUGCAUUAUUUAAGGACUAUAUAGAAAAAUUAGAAACUGGUGAUGGCAAUUUAGAUAAAUUUUCAAGAGGUUAUGAAAAUUAUGGAAUUCAUAUAAAUGAAGACAAUAGUGUUGUUGCAAAAGAAUGGGCACCUGGUGCACAGGAAUUAUUUUUAACAGGAGAUUUUAAUGGUUGGAAUAGGACAACUAAUUCAUAUAAAAAAUUAGAUUAUGGAAAAUGGGAAUUACAUUUACCUCCUAAUGCUGAUGGUAGUUGUCCAAUAAAACAUCUUUCAGAAAUUAAGAUAAUUGUAAAAGAUCAAAAUAAUGAAUUAUUGGAACGAUUAAGUCCUUGGGCUACAUAUGUUACACAAGAUAAAUCUGAAAGUGCUACAUAUAAACAACGUAUAUGGUAUCCAUUACCUGAAAAUGUUUAUAAAUUUAAAUAUUCCAAACAGAAGAAACCAGAAAGUCUUAGAAUUUAUGAAUGUCAUGUUGGUAUUGCAACUCAGGAAUUAAAAAUUGGUACAUAUUUAGAAUUUGCUAAAAACAUAAUACCUCGUAUUGUAAAACAAGGCUAUAAUGCUAUACAAUUAAUGGCUAUUAUGGAACAUGCUUAUUAUGCUAGUUUUGGAUAUCAGGUAACUUCAUUUUAUGCUGCUUCAUCUCGUUAUGGUACACCAGAAGAGUUAAAACAAUUGAUAGAUACAGCGCAUCAAUAUGGUUUAUAUGUUUUAUUAGAUGUGGUACAUUCACAUGCAUCAAAGAAUACCUUAGAUGGUUUAAAUAUGUUUGAUGGUACUGAUGGGUGUUUUUUCCAUUCUGGCAAUCGUGGUCAUCACCCACUGUGGGAUAGUAGACUUUUUAAUUAUGGAGAAUAUGAAGUAUUACGAUUUUUACUUUCUAAUUUGCGUUGGUACAUUGAGGAAUAUAAUUUUGAUGGAUUUAGAUUUGAUGGAGUCACAUCAAUGUUAUACCAUUCAAGAGGAUUUGGACAAGGUUUUACUGGUCAUUAUGAAGAAUAUUAUGGACUUAAUGUUGAUGUUGAAGGUGUAGUUUAUUUAAUGCUUGCAAAUUAUAUUUUGCAUUAUUUAUAUCCAAAUAUGAUUACCAUAGCAGAGGAUGUUAGUGGAAUGCCUGGAGUUUGCAGGCCAAUUACUGAAGGUGGUUUAGGUUUUGACUAUCGAUUAGCCAUGGCUAUUCCUGAUAAAUGGAUUAAACUUUUAAAAGUAAAAGAUGAAGAUUGGAAUGUUGGAGAUAUUUGUUGGACAUUAACUAAUCGAAGAUGGAUGGAGAAAACAGUAGCUUAUUCAGAAUCUCAUGAUCAAGCUCUUGUAGGUGAUAAAACAAUUGCAUUUUGGCUUAUGGAAGAAAUGUAUUUUCAUAUGAGUACACUAAGUCCACCUAAUGCAAUCAUAAAUCGUGGGAUUGCUCUUCAUAAUCUGAUUACAUUAAUAACACAUGCAUUAGGAGGUGAAGCUUAUUUAAAUUUUAUGGGUAAUGAAUUUGGUCAUCCCGAAUGGUUGGAUUUUCCACGAGCUGGUAACGCAGAUAGUUACCAUUAUGCUAGAAGACAAUGGAAUUUAGUAGAUGAUGAAUUACUUAAGUACAAAUUUAUGAAUAAUUGGGAUCGGGCUGUAAAUACUCUUGAAGCAAAAUAUGGAUGGCUACAUGCUGAACCGGGAUAUGUAAGUUUGAAACAUGAAGAGGAUAAAAUAAUUAUUUUUGAUCGUGCAGAACUUAUAUUUGUUUUUAAUUUUCAUCCAAUCAAAUCAUUUCCUGAUUAUACCAUUGGUGUAAAAACUGCAGGAACUUAUAAAAUUCUUUUGUGUAGCGAUGAUAAAAAUUUUGGUGGAGAAAACCGUGUUGAUACUAAUGUACAACAUUUUACCAAACCAGAAUCUUUUUCUAAUUAUUCAAAUAGUAUGAUGAUUUACAUUCCUUGUCGCACAGCUAUUAUUUAUAUUCGAGAGGUAAUUUAAUACAUU